AUGGAAAUCACAGUGACGUCUGAUUCACCAUUGGGCCAGUACUUGGCUGAACUUGAUGCUGCUGAAGAUGAUUAUGAUAAAUCGAUGACUCCAUUGUUGUCUCGAUGUCCUCAUUCUAUGGCUAGAAAGCGUUCAAGACAAGAUCAAUGGACUCCAAUAUCAAGUGCAUACAAUUGGAUCCAAGGUCUUCAGCAUAUGCGACAUUGUGUCGAAAUGGUGGCAUUACGGCAAUUGAUUCCAGAGCUUUGUACAUUUCAUCCGACGAUUCGAGAAGACUUGCAACAAAUGACAGGCUGUGAUCCUACAGUGUUUACAGUACCGUCGAAGUAUUGGUGGAACCGACAUGUUGCAGUAGCAGAAAUAUUGAGUGGUGUCAAUGUGGUUGUUACAGACAAGAUACACAUACAGUCUGUUGCAGUAAUUGGUGGUGCUUUGGUAGUACUGAUAGCAAUGGUUAUCGCUGGACGAGGUAUUGACCAAGGUGUUUUCGUGCAGACCAUGGGAUGGGUCGUCGGAGUCGCCAUUUUCGUGCUUCUAAGUCUGGAGCUAAGUGUGCAAUUGCUACUCGCUUGGUACAGAUAUCGUUCGAGACGAUUGAUAGGAUCACUGAACGCUUUUUUAGCUGCAUUGGAAGCAUUCGACAAGGUUUUUGCGUGUAGUUUGACGCUAAUAAAGCGUGCAGAAUUGGCCACUCGCGGUUAUCGUCUCAGAACGGGAUUUCUGCCGCCAAUAGGUAGGUUAGAAGCUAGCGAUUUUGGCAAUGGUGCUGAUGGCGCUAGUGAAGAAAAUGCUGCGUCGACUGCUAGACAGAACCAAUUACGCUGUCUACCGCUGCGAAGAAAGCUAAGAGCUGUGAAUGAGCAGCUCCAAAUACGAGCUUCAAUUCUAGUGAAGGAGGAUGAAUACACAAGACGCGACAGAAGUCAAGACUGUGUGGAAAAAGAAACGCCCGCCGGUGACCAGGCUCCAUCAUUGCUGCUAACGGCGCUGACAAAGCAGCACAACCGGACUGUCUUGCUGCUGGAAAACGCAGUGCACACCGUACUCGCGCGAAAGUUGGCAUGCGCUUGUUCAUAUCGCGACGCCAUAGUCGGUUGGAGUCUGUUUCGUACAUUAGGCUCGCUUCGGCUUACAGUUGAGCAUUUGAUCGAAACAUUGAGCACGUGGAAGGAUGAUCUCGAGGCGUGGAACCCUACGAGGGAUUCCAUGAUGCUGCAGGCCUGUGCUCCAGAUACAAUGUCCUCAGAUCGGCAGCAAGUGAAGCAGCAUGUACCUGUUUCAAUUGCAAGCGACAUUCGCCUACGAGGUGUUGCUUCACAACUGCACGAGCUGCGGUCAACGAGCGAGACACUCACAUCAUUAGUAAUCGCGGCACAGUACGAACUUCUCUCCGUAGAGUCAGCGGCGGAAAGACUGUCCAGCUCCCGUGAUGCCAUGCGAUCUAUGACCCAGCAAUUACACGACGCGUGGGGCAGUUAUGACAGUGCAUUGAGCGCACUGACAGGCCAAGAUAAUCAUCUUGAUAAUGCCAGUGGAGAUGCAGCAAGCAAAGAUGAAGGAGUUUGUCAUUCCGCUCCGAUCACUCCAUUAGAGCUGUCAUCGGUUGUAGUUUUGGAAGACCCGAACUGCACUGUCGUAUUCACAGGAACGAGUACAGGCGACGAAGGUUUCGAUUUACAGGCGCUAUUAAAGCGACAGGAAAGAGACGCUGCAACAACAUCGUCAGGUCCAAAACCACGUUUCGUCAACGAGCUGCGAGAUGUGCUCGCACAUCGUCAGGCUCACGCGCACCCAAAACCCACGAAACAAGUGGACCACGAUCCGCCUGCUCAUUUGAUCCCAGCACUACCUCCUCCUGCAGCCGAUAAUAUGUUUGCACUACCUCGUGCACCACCGCGUGGACGACCGCGACGACCACCUUCCAAUUUGCCACGGGUUUACGCGCGCUCUGAGGUUACAGCUGGUGCCUUUCAUCUGGAGCUUCAAGCCCUCCUUCAGCAAUCCCAGGAUCUACAGCAUGAUAUUGUCGAGUGUCUGGGUGAUAGAGAUGAGGAUGCCGUAGUUGAUGCAGAAGGUGAUGAACUCUUUGCAAGUCCGAGAAGAAAUAUUAGCUGA